AUAGCCCGCGGGAAAAUGGAGGAAGACGGAGGAGAACCACCUCGACCGCCCCAUCCGACGAGCUCCGAAGCCCUAACCUCAGACCCGCGCCUCGAUCCACAGUCCACGUGUCCUGAUUCCACACUCGAUCCCAGUGAGGACAACCGCGCCGAUUCGAAACCCCCUCCGAUGAACCAGACCGAGAUUUUCCGCGCUCUCGAAGUGGUCGAGAGAGACUCCCUGGCCAUAGCCGACAGCUUCACCUCCCUCUUCGCCUCCCUCCGCCUGGCCCUCUCCGAGGUUACUAGCAACUCAGUUGAUCACAUGCAUUGCUUUGGUGACGCUGCUGGCCGCCUUCAAGAAUCUGUGCUUGAUGCUGCUACCAAGGGAAAUCGGUAUAUAAAUUCAUGUCUCAGAUUAAAUGAAGAAAUGAAGGGCAUUGACAAUCUAGCCUUGCAGCUAAAAAUCUUGAGGAGAAAUGUUGAUGCUCUCAACUCAGGUGUGAACAAGCUCCUUCGUCUUCCAUGAUGUCGACCUGCCUGUUUUUACUGCUACAUCAGUUUUGGAUGCGGGAACAUCUCUUCCAUUUAUUUACUUAUUCCAUCAGGAAAUUUUGGUUACCGAAUUAAAUGUGUGAACUAGUCGUCCAAUUCGGUUCAACUUAAGCAGAUGUGCUAUUUCGUUGGCCGAUAAGCAUUGAACAUGGAGAGCAUAUAUGUGAACUAUUACGGUGAAAGCAAAUAUUCAUGUUUAUAUUGUCUGUUCUA